AUGACAUUAUCAAAUGAAAAUAAAUCAAUUGAUACUUUUACAAUUGAAAAUAAUUCACUCAAACAUUUAAAGCCAAAUUUACAAUUAAAUAUAUCAUUAAAAAUAAUUAAAUAUCUUGGUACUUGGCCACCAGUAUCAUCAUGGAGAAAUAUUUAUUAUAUAUUUACAUUAUUUAGUUUUAUAUUUAUUCUUGGUAUUUAUCUUGUCGUUCAAUUGAUAAAUAUUUUUGUAUUUUGGGGUAAUAUUGAAGUAAUGGUUGCAAGUACAUUUCUUCUAAUGACAAAUAGUGUACAUGCUUACAAGAUUUGUGUUAUAAUUAAAAAUCAAAAACGAAUUCAGUUGCUAUUUGACACAAUUUCCAGUGAAUUAUUUACAAAAAAUUUUGAUAAAUAUGAACGUAUAUUUACUUGGUAUGCAUGGUCUGGAAUAAAGCAUCAUAUUGCUUAUCAAAGUUUUGGUACAAUGGCUGUAUUUUGUUGGGGUUUUGUACCAAUAAGUAAUGCAAUAACUGGCAAUGAAAGACAAUUGCCAAUGGAUGGAUGGUAUCCAUAUGAUACAAAAUUAUCACCAGCAUUUGAAUUAACAUGUGGUCAUCAAGCUGUUGCUGUUAUUAUUGCUUGUUGUCAUAAUAUUGGAAUGGAUACUCUUAUCAAUGGAUUUAUAAAUGUUGCUUGUUGUCAAUUGGAAGUAAUUAAACAAAAUAUAUUAUCAAUUGAUGAUGGUGAUAAAAAUGUUCAUCAAGAAAUUAAUCAAUCAGUUCAACACAGUGUUGUUGUCAUGAAAUUUAUUGAUGAAGUUCAAAGUAUUUUUGGUACAGUUAUUAUGUAUCAAUUAAUUGCUAAUUGUUUGAUCAUUUGUUUAACUGCUUUUCAUGUUGUUCAGAUGACGGUUUAUAUUCCUGCUGAGAUAUUUGGCAUGAUGAUGUACAUGUGCUGCAUGACUUAUCAAAUAUUUAUUUUCUGUUGGAAUGGAAAUGAACUGACAAUUCAAAGUGAAACACUUGCAUUCACAGCGAUAACAAGUAAUUGGUGGAAAUUUGAUAAGAAAUAUAAACGUUCGUUGGGAAUUUUAAUUACAAGAUCACAUAAACCUAUGAUAUUUAAAGCUGGACCACUUAUAAAUUUAUCUCUACAAACAUUUAUGAAAGUUUUACGUAUGUCUUACUCGUUUUUUACUCUUCUUCAGAGCUCAACGAAUCCUCAUUGAAUUUUAAUUGAAUUAUAUAAUUCGUUAAUACGAUAUAUAUCGUUUAAUAAAAUUAUCAAGAUAAGUAUUUAUUAUAAACGUUAUUAAUGAAAAUAA